UGUUGGUUGUUCCUAGUAUUACUGAUAGUAUGACGGCCUGGCAUCUCGACUAGAGGCUGUUUUGACUGAACGAGAGUCGUCGCGUCGCGGCUAGUUCUCGAUGUCUCUCUGUUUUGAUACUAAUAUGUCUGGACGUUUCGAACACUAAGUAAUAGCCGACCGAGCCACUCGUCCCAGCGCCGUCGCUCCGACCCUAGAGCUCGCCUCGCGACUAAAAUACGCUUGAAAAUCAACUAUGGAGAAUUUACUUAUGUAACAGGGAUUUGCAGCAGCGGUCGUCACUAUUGACUUCGAAGCAUGACGUGAAGAAUAAGAAUCCUCGCGCUCAUUCAGUUUGCUCUGACGCCGCUCCUGGCGCUUCCUAGUAUUGCGGCAUAGCAGGCUCGUUUCGGCAACCGCGAUCAUCAUCGAUACUAACUACCAACGCAAUUUCCGCUCAGCUGGUUAUUUCGCGCUACGUCUCCGCCGUAGUCCAGUGUUGACUAAAUUCUGCAAGCAUUCCUAACAAGUAUGGCGUCAGACGGACCCCCUCCGGAGAACCUAACUGGCCUAUUAGGCGCUCUAGAAAGCUACGACCCACUGAUUCCAGACGACCUCACAGCAUACUAUCUCCAGACCUCUGGCGUCCGGAAUCCGAACAUUCAUGUCACUCGCCUCGUGUCAGUGGCGGCACAUAAAUUCAUUGGGGAGGUUGCCAGUGACGCUCUACAGUUCUGCAAGAUCCGGCAGGCUGGCAGUGGCAAGGAGAUGAAGGCGAGAGGGCCAAAAGAGAAGAAGCUUGUACUCACUACAGAGGACCUAGCUGCUGCGCUGAAGGAGUAUGGUGUGAAUGUGCGCAAGCCAGACUACUUUGUAGAUGGACCAACCCCUGUGGUGGGAAGACCAGGAAAGCACUGAAGACAAAGUGUUCAGUAACAUCCUUAUUGUGAAUACUUGUUUCCAAAAUUUCUGCCAGGGACUAGCUGUGAAAUAAGCUCGAUCUACCUCAUGCAAGUUCUUUUUGGAUGGUGUGUGUGGGACCAUGAUGAGAUUGCUUGAUUGCUAGCAUGCUCUUUGAUUUCUUGUGGUAAACGAAAUGCUGGGCGCAUGCGAAGCCCUUUUUGUGCUCUCGUGUAGUUCUCCUAUGCGAGAAGCCUGAGAUGCCCUGAUGGUAAAACACUCGUAGUGUAAGGUGUUUUCCAUAUAUAUAGAG